AUGAGACGGGGGUGGUGGGGGGGUUUAACACCUAGUAAUAACUUCUCACUUCCUCUUGCCUCUCCACAGCUGGGUGUCGCAAUUGGUUUCCUGCUCCCUCCCAUGCUGGUCCCCAAUGUGGAUGACCUGGACCAGCUGAGCUACCACUUGAAUGUAAUGUUUUAUGGCACUGCUGCAGUGGCAAGCCUCCUGUUCAUUCUGGUCAUCCUCGUAUUUCAGGAUGAACCGGAGGUGCCUCCGAGCCAGGCACAGGCUGCAAUCCAUGCCUCUCCUUCCCAGGACUACUCCUACCUUCAGUCUGUCUACCAACUCAUCAAAAGUGUGCCCUUUCUUCUUCUGGUUGUCAGCUAUGGCAUUAACACAGGCUCCUACUACUCUGUCUCGACCCUGCUUAACAAGAUGGUACUGAUCCAUUAUCCAGGUGAGGAGGUGAAUGCUGGGAGGAUUGGUCUGACCAUUGUGGUUGCAGGAAUGGUUGGCUCCAUCAUCUGUGGAUUCUGGCUGGACAGGACCAAAACAUACAAACAGACUACGCUGGUUGUUUACUUCUUGUCCUUUGCUGGGAUGCUCGUCUUCAGCUUCACCCUGAACGUGGGGUUGAUCUGGGUGGUGUUCAUCACCGCUGGAAUAAUGGGGUUUUUUAUGACGGGUUACCUGCCGGUCGGCUUUGAGUUUGGUGCAGAAAUUACCUACCCAGAGUCUGAAGGCACAUCCUCAGGUCUGCUUAACGAGGCUGCCCAGGUGUUUGGGAUCAUGUUCACCAUCAGUCAGGGUAAAAUCAUCGAUUACCAUGGGACCGUGCCAGGAAACAUCUUCAUCUCUGCCUUUCUCCUGGUGGGCUGCGUUCUGACAGCUCUCAUCAAGUCAGAGCUUCGGAGGCAGCAGGCAAACAGCAGGGAUUUACAGACGACGCAUCAAGGCACCAAAGCCCUGGAGGACAACUCUGUUCCCCAAAUCUUACAUCAAUCCUCACUGUGAGGAUGGGGAUUGUCAGCUCAGCUCCAGUUCUAACCCUCAGCAAUGGAACUGCUGUCACUUCCCUUCGGGAUUAUUUUCUUUACAUUUUCUAAUCAUCACUUCACCUCAUGAAGCAGAAUCAAUGGCUCUGGUGGUGCUGCCAGCUCCUCGGGUGGGGUCAGUCAGUCAGUCUGUGCCCUCAGCGCAGUGGGUUAUAUGUAGGACCUGUCUCUGGUCACAAAGUUUUCAGAAGCAGCUUAGAAUGUUGAGUUCAAUUCUGGUUCUGAACUGCUGUCGGUGCAGUGAUUUUUUUUUCUGUUCACCAAGUGUCCGACAUACAUAUAAACCCAUCACUGUGCUCAAGAGAAUCCAAACCAGCCUAAGAUUGCCUCACAUGUAUGACACCUACAUGUGCAAAUUCCCAUGGCUGGAAUACAAUGCACACUCUCCCUUGAGGGAUACACCUUGCUUACCAAAUUCCGGAGAGUAUUAGGCUUGAAGAGUCGAGACCUGAUGACCCCAAAGUAUGCAUCAGGGUAACUGCUGGAGUCUAACCAGCUAAAACCACACAGCUUGCCAUUGGAAACACUGUUUGGCCAGCUUCCUGCUGCUUGUCCAGCUAGAACCACCCUACCCAUUAGGGCUUCGGCUUGCAAGGUUAACAGGUGCUGAGUGGAGCUUCCAGUGAUGGCUCUGCCCCUCACGCGGUGUGCUGCAGACCCAGCUGGCUCAGCAACCGGACAACUGAGCCACAGAGACAUUCUGUUGCAAAACACCUCUCCUUAGAGCCAGCUCUUCUUUAACGAAACCCUCUCACCCACCCCCAGGAUAGUUGUGCAGUGGUAGAAGCUGAGGUUAGGUGUAGGCUCUUGUUCUUCCAAUGUAGAGCAGCUCAGCCCUAGUGUGGAAGCUUCAUCAGUGCACUGCCUGCUUAGUUCAUUCAGCAGGAAUCCUGUAUCCCUUUCCCUCUUCAGAUGCAGUACAGCAUUGCAACUUCAGGUAGUUUAAUAUGUCAAAGCACUUUACAGGGGCCAAAGCAGGGUGAGAGAUUGGGACAGCGGGGAGAAGACAGAUGAAGACUGGCCCAUCGAUUGGUUGGGGGGAGCAUGAAACAGUCACAAGUUGGUAAAAGUGAAGGAAUGGUGGGGGGAGUAGGAGCACAAUUCACAAAAGUGGAGUGGGCCAAUGGUGCGAGACAAAUUAGAACUAGGACCUUAUUGAUCUGUUGGGGAAUAAGGAGCAAGCAGAGCUGGUGAUGGUGCGAGGCAACCUCCCUUUCCACCUUUAAAGCCCACCUUAAGUCUUUUCAACUUUCCUUUGGGUUAUGUUUCUCACCCACCUUAACUACCCCAAUUCUGAAACGUCGUCUCAGUGUGAAAGGUGCUAUAUAAAUGUAAAGUUGAUGAUACGGACUGUGAAAUUUUGGGUGAGCUACAGCCCUUGGAGGGUUAAACUUUAAGGAAGCAGGUGAGGGGAGGAUUGCAGAAGUCAAGUGUGGAGGUGACACAAGUGAGCAGGAGGGUUUGUGAGUUAAUAAGGUGAUGUUCCAGAGAUGAAGGACAGUGGACUUGGUUUAGAUCCGGGUAUAAGUCUUAAAAUGUGGUUCAUCUUCCAGGUUGAUAUUUCUUUGCAUUUACCAUCCAGGCUUUGCACAGAGUGCUUCCGUAUAAUGUUAGCUCAGCAACUGUCAGCCCUACUUCCCUUUGUGUGACAUGUCAACUGGCUAGACAGUAACUGAAAGUGUAGGGAAUCCAGGACUGUCCCUGAAUGGACAAUAUCUGACACUGAAUGUUAUUGGUGCAAUGGCAGCACCACUGUACUGCACAGAAAAGCAGUACAAUUAAAUCACUAUGUUUUAGCUAAUUGACUCAACCUGUGAUGUGAGAGGUUUUUAGCAGCAGAAUCAAUCCUUAAUCAUUAUGACUGAUUAGCAGGAGUUUGGGAUCAGGUCCCCAUACAAGGCCAUCAAUGAUAAUGUAGCAAUAAUCUGCUUUUAUUUUUGUGGAUCUCUGUCAAGUGAAGUAAAUUUUGAAUAAAAAUCACUUGUUAGUAA